UGGGUACACAGCUGUGUGAGCCAUGUGAUACGGAUGAUUCAACAUGUGAGGACCCUCUUCAAUGUAGCUCUGACACGUACAGAUGUGAAUGCCCGCCAGGUUAUGUACAGUAUGACGACGAAUGCUAUGGGAGAUUUGUAUCAGAGCCUUGCACAACAACACUCAACACCUGUAUUGAUGAUAACGCCGUAUGUAAUGGUACUGUAUGUACAUGUCGUGACGGCUGGAUACACAAUGGCACCAUUUGUGUCGGACCUGGUCUAUGUGACCCGUGUGAUCCAUUGACAGUAUCGUGUGACUCCAGUCUGCAAUGUAAUCCAAAUACAUACAAAUGUGAGUGUCCGGCAGGUCAAGUUCAAGUUGGCGAUACAUGUGUUGGCAUGCGUGUAACUGAACCGUGUACUACUGUGAUUAACACGUGUAUAGAUGACUAUGCGGAGUGUAAUGGAACAGUUUGUAAUUGUGUGGAAGGUUUUGUACAUAAUGGAUCAAGAUGUUUGGGCAUGGAGUUGUGUGAACCGUGUGACCCAGACACGGAGACGUGUGCCUCAAAUCUUGUCUGUAGUAGUGACACCUACAGAUGUGAAUGUCCCUCCAAUCUGGUGCAAGUCGGUGACCAAUGUGUUGGAACACGUGUUGGAGAAGAGUGUGUUACGGAAACUGACACAUGUAUUGAUGAUAAUGCAAAGUGUAAUGACACAAUAUGUGACUGUGUGGAUGGUUUCACCUGGACAGGACUACUUUGUGCUGGUUCUAUUAUCAAUGACCCAUGCAGUCCUGAAAAUCCGUGCUCAGGAGUGCUUGUUUGUAACGUAAACACGUCCAAAUGUGCAUGCCCAUCUAAUUUAGUGCAAAUUGGAGACCAGUGCUAUGGGACACUGAUUGGUGAAACAUGCACUACCAGUCUGGACACGUGUAUUGACGACUAUGCUGAAUGUAACGGGACCAUUUGUGACUGUCAAGAUGGAUAUGAACAUAACGGAACAUUUUGUCUUGGAACUAACCUUUGUGACCCUUGUGAUCCUUUGGCAUCUACGUGUAGGUCCGAUCUUGUAUGUAGCUCUGACACCUACAGAUGUGAAUGUCCGGACGAUGAAGUUCAAGUCGGAGACAACUGCUAUGGAACACACGUAGGUGACGACUGCACAACUUCUCCGGACACAUGUAUUGAUGAUCAUGCCGAGUGUAAUGGCACAGUGUGCGUUUGUAUCAGUGGUUACUCAUGGAAUGGCACCAAUUGCCAUGGCCAGUGGCUAUGUGACUCCUGUGAUCCAUCGUCCUCUACAUGUGAUUCGAGUCUCGUCUGCAAUGCAAACACUUACAGAUGUGAAUGUCCGCCUGAUGAAGUGCAGAUUGGUGAUGAUUGUUAUGGGACACAUGUGGGGGACAGGUGUACUAAUGUUGUCAACACGUGUAUUGAUGAUCAUGCGCUGUGUAAUGGUACAGUAUGUGACUGUAUGGCAGGAACUACCUGGAAUGGUUCAAUAUGUGUUGGAAGUGACCUUUGUGACCCCUGUGAUAGUUCAGAUUCUACAUGUGCACCAAAUUUUGUUUGUGGUUCCUUGUCAAGAUGUGAAUGUCCCGACGAUGAAGUGCAGAUAGGGGACAACUGCUAUGGUACACGUGUUACUGAGGCAUGCACCACCACUCUAAACACUUGUGUUGACUGUUUUGCUGAGUGUAAUGGUACUGUCUGUGAUUGCAAAGACGGCUAUCAUUGGAACGGAACUCGCUGCAAUGGGGAGAAUCUCUGUGACCCCUGUGACCCUUCAGCUCCAACGUGCAGAUCAGAUUUAAGAUGUAGCCCAACCACAUACCGAUGUGAAUGUUUAACAAAUGAAGUUCAAAUCUCGGACAUGUGUUACGGAACCCGUGUCACAGAAUCAUGCACAACAACAACAGACACAUGCAUAGACAAUUAUGCUGUCUGUAACGGAACUAUUUGUAAUUGUAAAGAAGGUUUCUAUUGGAAUGGUUCAUUAUGCGUUGGAGAACAGUUGUGUGAGCCAUGUGACCCAUCUGAUUCAACAUGUGUCAGCCCAUUGGUUUGUAGCUCAACUAAUGAUAGAUGUGAAUGUCCACCAGGUUUUGUACAGUACCAAUCAGCGUGCUAUGGGAGAAAUAUUGGUGAGAGUUGUACGACCUUGCUUGAUACAUGUAUAGAUGAUAAUGCUGAGUGUAAUGGUACAAUCUGUGACUGUGUGGCCGGAUUUCACUUUAAUGGAACAAUAUGUGUGGGGACACAAUUAUGUGAUCAAUGUGACUCUUCAGUAAUAAGCUGUAGUGGUGACUUACAAUGUAGUUCCGACACAUACAGAUGUGAGUGUCCUUCCGACCAGGUCCAGAUAGGGGAUGAUUGUUAUGGAACACAUGUUGGCGAUGAUUGUACAACUCAUACUGACACGUGUAUAGAUGACUAUGCUGUAUGUAACGGCACUGUGUGUGUCUGUAUGGCAGGAUAUUCAUGGAAUGGCACCAGAUGUGUGGGCUCCAAUCUAUGUGAUCCGUGCGACCCUGCAUCAUCUACGUGUGACUCUGACCUUCAAUGUAGCACAUGCACGUACAGAUGUGAAUGUCCAGAUGGCUUCGUUCAAAUCUCAGAUAUGUGCUAUGGUACACGUGUAACAGAACGUUGUACAACCAGUCUUGAUACAUGCAUUGACGAUAAUGCUGGGUGCAAUGGUACAGUGUGUGACUGUAACGAUGGCUAUACCUGGAAUGGAACAACAUGUGCUACUGACAGUUACGGAAUAGUGAUCAUAUAUGAUAUAUGA